AUGAAGGCCUCCCCGCCCACGCACUUGCCUCAAGAAGGCCAAAAACCGACCACCGCUGCUUCGACGGUACCACCUUCGUCUAAAGCCCCUGCUCACAGUGUACUCAAAGAGCGCGCCGACGUUCCGAGUACCAGCGGCGCCGGUGCCAACGCCAGCAAGGGACCCGAAAAAAUGGCCGAUCCUGGCCGCGGCGGUGGUGGCGGUGGCCGAUCAGUAAGUGACUCGAGCGGUUCGCAGCUCUCCGAGGAAGCGAUCGCGGAGCUACGCGAGGCUUUCGCGCUGUUUGACAAGGACGGCAACGGCGCUUUCGGUACCAAGGAGCUGGGCACCGUGAUGCGAGCCCUCGGCUACAACCCGACCGAGGCCAAACUCAAGGACAUGAUUGCCGAAGUAGACAUCGAUGGCAACGGCACCAUCGACUUUCCCGAGUUUCUCGCCAUGAUGACCAAGAAGACGCGCUCUACAGACACCGAAGACGAGAUUCGCGAGGCGUUCAGAGUGUUCGACAGGGACGGAAAUGGCUUCAUCACUGCGACUGAGCUGAGCCACGUCAUGACCACCUUGGGAGAGAAACUGACGGACGAAGAAGUCGACGCCAUCAUACGGGAAGCAUUCGAGGUGUUCGACAGGGACGGAAAUGGCUUCAUCACUGCGACUGAGCUGUGCCACGUCGUGACCACCUUGGGAGAGAAACUGACGGACGAAGAAGUCGACGCCAUCAUACGGGAAGCCGACAUGGACGGGGAUGGACAGAUUAACUAUGAAGAGUUCGUUGCAGUAAUGACGUCGACCGAGGAGUCCGAAUAA